CUCCACCUCAUACAAUCAUGGCAGUAAUAAUUCAGGUCCAAAGUUCAGAUUAUGCAGAUGAUGAGCUAAAACUGGGGCUGAGAGAGCACCAACGUUCAGUUUCACCAGAAACCCUCAGCGCUCACUUGCCUCCCCAACACUUCAUCAUGGGUGAACAGGCAAACACUCUGAAGAGCAUCCUGAAGGACAACAGUAUGGCACGUAACAUGCCCCAGAAGCAGAGUAAUUCUGUUGGGGUUGUGCGCUGGACACUAUCAGAGAAAGAUAUUCAGGUCCACAGUUCUGCACCCACCAGCCCCUUCAAGAACAGUAGUGGGUUUUCUACCCGUUCACAGCAAAGGCAACGUCAGCAAGGCCUGAACGAUCUCCGGAGUUUGGAUGAGUGCAUCAGAUUUAUAAACCACUGGAAGCAACAGGUGGCACAAGUUUGCAAGAAUGAGGAUGAUCCCGGUGAAGGGUGCAGCAGUCAGGCAGAGAGGCAGAUCGACCCCAGAACUGAGCGCAGUCUUGAAGAGUGUCACAAGCUUAUUCUGCAGUGGGCCAGUGAACUUCAAAGUGUAGACAAGCUGUCUAAAAAGAAUCCAUGGAUGAAGGAGAGGAUUGUUGAAGAGGAAGAAGAGGACACAAAGGAGGAUAAAGAUCAGAGCGAGGGGGUGCAGAAGAUCACAAACUGGGCCAAAGAGAUAAAGAGUGUGUCAGAGAGCUCUGGAAUGCUGGGAGAUGAACUGGCACGGCUGUUGCGUCUCCUGGGGCUGAAGAAGAAGAAACUGGUUUCCCUCAUGCCACUGCUGGAGUUCAUCACUUGGAGUUUGCUGAAAGAAGACAGCAAGGGCAUGGUUCCUCAUCUAUGGCUUUCAGCUAAGCAACGCACCUGGAAAGCUGGCAUGCCACGAUACAUCCCUAAUUCAGUCUGGAACUGGAUUGUCAGUGCAGGAGCUGAUGUAACUCUUGAUCCCAUGACCAACCAAGCUUGGCUGCAGCUCUCUGAUGACCACAAGAAAGUUCAGGAGGGCCUAACAGAGGCCAGUCUGCCUUACAGCCCUCAGCGAUUUGACAGCUUGCCCUGCGUCCUAGGCUGGGAGGGCUACAUGAGUGGCCACCAUUACUGGGAAGUGGAAUUUGCAAACAAUGGUUAUUGGAAAGUUGGAGUGACAACUACUUCCUCAAAAAGGCAUGGCCGCUUUCCAAUGAAUCCUUCUACUGGUUAUUGGGUCCUGUGGCGCAGCACACGUCAGUUUUUCGCAUGCACCAAUCCCGAAACAGCAUUGCCACUGCUGCUGGUGCCCCAACGGAUGGGAAUAUACAUUGAUUACGAGGAGGGGCAGAUUUCCUUCUACAAUGCAGAGAACAAAUCACACAUCUACACCUUUACGGGACACUUUCGUGAGAAGCUGUACCCUUUCUUUGCCCUGCUUGAUGGCAGGGGAGUCAUAACCGUAUGGUCUCCUAAAGAACAUAGCCGCUUUUAACAACAGAGCAGGUUUAAAAGAUCAUCUUUCAUUCUUUGCUUCAGUUUGAACAUUAAUACCUUAACAAAUGAUACACUGGAGCCAAAUAAAAAGCUACUCCUAACAGCGACCUUUCCAUUUAGAUCAAUCAACACUGUUGUGGGCUGGACCUGCUCAAUGAAAGCUAUUAAAACUACAAAGUAAAGAUUUCAAUUAUUUCCUCAAGAUGAUUGCUACACUUACAGUAUGUAUCUCUUUAUUCAUUUAUAUAGUAAUUAUAAAAAUGUAUCUAUGCUUGUCUGCUUUCAUGUAUGCAAGUAACAGUAUGUGUUUUGACACAAAUAUUUAAUGUGUGUUAUAUCUGUUCAUCCUGCAACCAUCAAUAAGAUAACUACACGAUAUUUAUUGUAUCACUGUUUAUGUGUGAAUAAUGUCUAUUCAAAUGUUAAUCUACUUUUAUAGUAGCUCUGGCUGAUUCUACAUAUGUAGCCUAUUAAUAAAACAUAAAAUACAGGUCA